AUGACGCAUAAGAGAAAGGAUCAUUGUGUCGAGCAUACAGACCUGCGAAGAUGGAGACUGCACGUUGAUCAUGGCCGUCAGACCUGGCACUACCUUCGUACAGACGCGGAGGUCGAUACAUGGCCUCAGACAACAUCGGAUAAAUAUCAUCUGGGAUUACCGACGGACCUUCCGACUCAACCACAGGCUUCCUCGCCCCUCCAAUGCGCAAAGAACGGGUACAACUUCUUCAAGGAACUCCAGCUUGAAGACGGACAUUGGGGUUGUGAGUACGGCGGACCCAUGUUCCUUAUUCCGGGUGUUGUUGUCACAAUGUACGUGACGCACACGCCCAUCCCAGAUGGUUGGGCAAAGGAAAUCACCCGCUACCUCGUCAACCGCGCAAACCCGGACGAUGGCGGCUGGGGCCUGCACAUUGAGGGACACUCGACUGUUUUUGGGACCAGUCUGAACUACGUCGCCCUGAGGAUCCUGGGUAUGGAUGCCGAACACCCCGUCUGUGUUAAAGCGAGAGGAUUAUUGCACAAACUUGGCGGUGCGAUCGGAAAUCCGCACUGGGGUAAAUUCUGGCUUGCAGUGCUGGGUUGUUAUGGAUGGGAAGGAAUGAACCCCGUCCCUCCUGAAUUAUGGCUUCUUCCUGAAUGGCUCCCCCUCCACCCAUGGCGUUGGUGGAUUCAUACGCGAGCUGUGUACCUCCCCAUGGGCUAUCUAUACGCCGAACGCUUCACUCACCCCCUGGACGAUCUAACUCGUUCCCUCCGAGAGGAACUCUACGUCCAACCAUACGAAAGCAUCAACUUCUCCAAACACCGGAACACCAUCGCCCCCGUCGACCUCUAUGCCCCGCACACCAGGCUCCUCGACGUCGCAAACAACCUCCUAACCGGCUGGGUCAAAUACGUCCGCCCCAAAUGGCUCCACACAUACGCCCAAAACCAUGCCUACAGCCUCAUCCAACACGAAGACGAAAACACUGAUUACCUCUGCGUCGGCCCCGUCAACAACGUAAUGCAAGCACUCGCAGUCUACCACCGUGAAGGCCCCUCAUCCUACGCUUUCAAACGCCACGUCGAGCGAUUCGCGGAUUUUAUGUGGGUUUCUGGGGAAGGAAUGAUGAUGAAUGGGACGAAUGGGGUACAGCUCUGGGAUACGGCUUUUGCGGUCCAGGCGGCUGUUGAAGCGGGGUUGGCGGAGGAGAAGGGGUGUAGGGAGAGUCUGCUGAGGGCGUUGGAGUUUUUGGAUGAUUGUCAGAUUAAAGAGAAUUGUCGCGAACAGGAUAAAUGCUACCGACAACAACGCAAAGGCGCAUGGCCAUUCUCGACCCGACACCAAGGCUACACCGUCUCCGACUGCACAGCAGAAGGCCUCAAAGCGGUCCUCAUGCUUCAAAAUCUCCCCUCCUACCCCAAGCUCAUCUCCGACCGGCGGCUCUGCGACGCAAUCGACGUCCUCCUAACAAUGCAAAACGCGGAUGGGGGCUUCGCAAGUUACGAACCCAUACGGGGACCAUAUUGGUUGGAGAAAAUCAAUCCGGCAGAGGUGUUUGGGAAAAUUAUGAUUGAGUAUUCGUAUCCGGAGUGUUCGACGGCUGUGUUGACCGCACUGAGUUUGUUCAGAAAACGCCACCCGGAGUAUAGGGCGAAGGAGAUUCAGAAGACAAUUGAUGGGAUUGUGAGGUAUUUGCACAAUGAGCAGAGGGAGGAUGGUUCAUGGUAUGGAGCGUGGGGCAUCUGUUUCACGUAUGCCUCAAUGUUCGCGACUGAAUCCCUUGCUUCCGUCGGGCUGAAAUACGAGAACUCUGAGACGCAGCGGAAAGCGUGCGAGUUCCUGUUGGAUAGGCAAAUGGAUGACGGAGGAUGGGGCGAGACGUACAAGAGUUGUGAGAUGGGUGUGUACAGUCAACACGAGAAAAGUCAGGUCGUGCAGACUGCGUGGGCGUUGUUGGCGUUGAUGCAGGCUGGGUGUCCGGAUAAGGAGGCGAUCAAGAGGGGAAUGAAGUUGAUUAUGGAACGACAACAACCAAAUGGGGAGUGGUUGCAGGAGUCCAUCGAGGGUGUUUUCAACAAGAAUUGCAUGAUUUCUUACCCGAACUACAAGUUAUACUUCCCGAUUAAGGCUGUUGGGAUGUACGCUCAUUUGUGUGGGGAUUCUUUGGACGAGUAG